AUGGCUCAUUCUCGUUCAGCACGGGACUUUGUUGCACUUUCAGAUCUGCAUCCAAACCUUGCUCGUCCUAAUGUAAUCGGGCUGGUUAUUGGGAAAACAGAUGUCAGAAGCUUUCCAGACCGAAAAAACAUUGGCACUGAGAGAUACACCUUCAGUUUCACCAUUCGUGAUUCCCCAACUUAUUUCAUUAAUGUCCAGUCCUGGGGCAGAGAAGAGUACAUCAGAUCCCUCUCAGAAAGCUUCAGGGUUGGUGACUGUGGUUAUGUUUUAUUCUUCCAAACACUGAAUAGAGGACAAGUGACUUCUUCUCUUUUCCUCAAGGUUGGGGAGCCAAAGUAUUUCAUGACUUCAGACAAAAGGAAAGGCCAGAGGUGUGAAGUAAAGCUGUAUGAUGAAACAGAGAGGUCUUUCCCAAUAGUAUGCUGGGAUAACGAAUCCAUCCAGCUGGCACAGAGUUGGAUCCCCCAAGAAACAGUUAUAUUUGCAUCAGAUGUGAGAAUCAAUUUUGACAAAUUUAGGAACUGCAUGACUGCAACUGUGAUAUCCAAAACCAUCAUUACAACUAACCCAGAAACAGCAGAAGCAAAUGUUCUCUUCAGCUUCAUCAAAGAGAGUGCCCAGGCAGGAGCUCUGCCCAGCCCCAUGAAGGAGCUGCCAAAUGAAACCAUUAACUUGGAGACUGUAGUGGAUGUCUACACAGUGGAACAGCUGAAAGAAAAAGCUCUGCAGAGUGAUGGGAAGCUGGAGCCUGUCCAUGGAAUUAUUUAUGGCUACAUUUCCACCCUGGACAUCGACGAGAGCGUGUCCAGAGUGCUGCGCAACAGAUGCUCAGUGUGCCGGUUCAUUGUCAAUGAGGGCUCAAACUCCUGCACCUUCUGCACCGACGUCUCUGCAGAGGCCAAGUCCACCUUUGCCAGCUUUGACAUCCUGGUGGAUGUGUCAGACCACACCGGCACCCUGCGCUCCUGCUGCCUGGCUGACACUGUGGCUGAGGACACCCUGGGCUGCACAGUCACUGAAUUCCUCAUGCUGGAAGAUGACCAGAGGACUGCACUGAAAUGGCAACUCCUCUUGGAACGAAGCAAGAUUUACUUCAAAGUUACUUCAUCACCCAAUUGGAGAACUGGAUUAAAAGUGAAUCUUCUUUCCUGCAAACUGGCAGAUCCCAUAGAGGCCAGUCAGAGCUUUUUGGCAAGAGACUGGAAUUAUUUAUAAAUGCUAGGAAAGGCUUCCUUCACUCUGUUGUUAGAGAUGGAAUUCUGCUGUUGCUGGGUUUUGCCAAGUCUGUUCUGAUGGUAAAGGAGAAGUGCACGUUACAAUACCUCUAUGUGGGCUUCUGAGUUCAUGUUUUUGGGUGAUUAAAAAGUGUACUUGGGCCUCAGCUUAAAUGUUACUUUACCAAAUUCAACCCCUUUCAAGGGGGCUGGAAAUUUCCUCACUCAGCUGAGAUCUUUGAAAAAAUCAGAAAUAACAAAUAGGUUAAAAUAGAUCUGUUGAACUGUGGUUUUAACUGGUUUGCUGCUUUUGUGUUAAAGAAAUAAAGACCCCCCUUGAAACACUGCCUGGGUUUGUGCUGCACCUUGCU